AUGCCUCAAUCAGAUAAUCUAGACCAGCCAGACAAGGAAAAACUUAAAAAGGCUUUCGAUAUUUCGAAUUUCGACCUAAAUGCCGUCAUACGUGGCAUCCAGUUGACUCUCGUCGGCGCCCACCGAGCAUUGCAGAACCCCAGUAUAUUCACGAACGACCAUUACAAGCAAGCCGCCAUAGCCGUUGCUGCCGGAAUCGCCAUUCGUAUAGCUAUUGCCAUUCCUAUUAUCGGGAUCAAAGUUCUUCUUGGUGUUCUGUCUUUGAUAUUUGAUCUUGACAAGACUACCUGGGACGACACGUUGAUAAAUGGCCUAGACUUGAUUGCUAACCAUGUCCUCCAAAUCCCGCUAUUCUUGAUGACCCUCAUGAGGUAUAUCACGCCAACACUCGAUAAUAUGUUCAUGGACUCGUUGCGAUGGGUCGAUAUGACCUAUGUCCAGAAGCACAAAGACGAGAACCCCGAUACCCUUCGGGAUAUGUACUAUCCAAACCUGAGUGGGUAUAAACAAAGAGAUGGAAGUACGAACUCGACAAGCACUGCAGAAGCUAUUACCAUGUUUAUGUGGCGGUUCGCCCGAAAGGCAUUAAUCUCCUUGGCCGUAUUCGCUUUAUCAUACGUUCCGUACAUCGGACGUUUGGUACUUCCAGCUGCAAGUUUCUACACGUUCCAUAAGGCAGUAGGACUAGGACCGGCCGCCGUCAUAUUUGGUGCCGGAAUAUUCCUGCCGAAGCGAUACCUAGUCAUAUUUCUCCAGACAUAUUUCGCAUCCCGUAGCCUAACGCGUGAAUUGCUCGAACCCUACUUCGCCCGUGUCCAUUUUUCUAAAGAGCAGAAACGAAAAUGGUUCCGUAGUCGCGAGGGUCUUCUCUUUGGCUUCGGCAUCGGCUUUCACACACUCCUACGGGUUCCAUUACUUGGCGUGCUUAUUUAUGGUAUUGCUGAAGCGUCAACUGCAUACCUCAUCACGAAGAUCACGGACCCCCCACCGUCGCCGAAAUCAUCCCGUUUCGAGAUGGAACAGUUUACGGCAACUCAGCAGGUCUGGAGGAACAAGCACGAAUUCCUCAACCUCCCGCUCGCGAACCUGGACGCUGGCCAUGGCAGCCAACCUCCGUCAUACAACGAAGCUAUCGCAAUGGGCAAGACCGAGAUUCGCACAGUUGGGAAGGUUAGCUUCGACAAGCCGGCAUACGAACAGGCAAAUCUCCAUAAUAGAUGGCAUCCCGACAUUCCAUUCGCCGGGACCAUUAAGGAUGGCGAAACGGUCAAGAUCGAAUGUCUCGACUGGACUGGGGGUCAAAUAGGGAAUAACGACAGCGCGGACGAUAUCCGGGACGUUGAUUUAACGAGGAUUCAUUACCUCACAGGCCCUUUUGAGGUAGAAGGUGCCCAGCCGGGGGAUAUCCUCUUAGUCGAGAUAAUGGACGUACAGCCGUUCCAAGACCAACCAUGGGGGUUCACGGGUGUUUUCGACAAGAAAAACGGAGGCGGGUUCCUCGACGAGAUCUACCCGUCCGCUGCCAAGGCUAUUUGGGAUUUCGAGGGUAUCUUUGCCACCUCACGACAUAUCCCGCAUGUCAAAUUCGCAGGCUUAAUCCACCCGGGGAUUUUGGGGUGUGCACCAUCGAGCGAGGUUCUGGCGACCUGGAAUAAGCGCGAGGCCGAGCUGAUCUCGGCCAACAAGCUUGAGAGGCAAGUUGCUUUGCCGCCGGAGCUGAAAGGCAUCCACGCCGGCGCAUCUAAUGAAGCACUCAAAGAGAAGGUUGGUCUUGAAGGUGCCAGGACCGUUCCUGGCCGGCCAGAGCAUGGAGGAAAUUGCGAUAUUAAGAACCUGAGCAGAGGUUCAAAGGUUUACCUACCUGUUCAUGUUCCAGGUGCCAAGUUCAGCGUCGGAGAUCUACACUUCUCGCAGGGCGACGGGGAAAUCUCGUUUUGUGGCGCAAUAGAGAUGGCAGGCAUCAUCACGAUCAACUUUAAGGUUAUGAAGAAUGGCAUCGCAGAUUUGGGUCUCAAGUCGCCUAUCUACCUACCCGGGCCUGUCGAACCCCAAUUUGGUCCAGGCCGCUACAUCUAUUUCGAGGGGUUCUCUGUAGAUGAACAUGGCAAACAGCACUAUAUGGAUGUGACAGUCGCCUACAGACAGACUAUCUUGCGAUGUAUUGAAUAUCUCCGCCGCUUCGGAUACAACGACUACCAGAUCUACCUCUUGUUGUCGUCUGCGCCUGUUCAGGGGCACGUGGCGGGUAUCGUUGACAUACCAAACGCGUGCACGACCCUUGGUUUACCCGUAGAUAUUUUCGACUUCGAUGUCUUGCCAUCGGGACCGGCGAAGGUACGGGAUAUGGGGACUUGUGCUUUCGAGACUGGUGUAGCUAAGGGUGAAGUUACAUCUGGGGGUAAGAACAGUGAGCAUAGCUUCGGUGGAGGCUUGACAUACAAGGCGUCUGUAGUUGAGAGAGUCAAAGAGGCAGCAUCGUCGGGAUCUUGA